AUGGUGCUGGAAAUUAAGUUUCUGGUGCCGUUGUACCCUGCUGGGCAGGAGCCUUCGCCGCCGGGACUGUCCAGUGAUGAGCUGCAGGCAUGGGAGCAGACGAAAAAGAUGGAAAAGUUUAUCGGAAAGGCACAAGAGUCGUGUAUAGUCAAGUCUGCAAUCUCUGGAGGAAUGGGCUUCGGAAUGGGAGCCUUCUUCUCAAUGAUGUCGACUAGCUUUGCGUACGAUGAUCCACUGUCACGAACAGACAUGUCGACAAAGACGAAAACCAUCGAAAUGUUCAAAGACAUGGGUCGGGGAAUGUGGAGAACAGGUCGUUCAUUUGGAAAAGUUGGCGCGUUAUACAGUGGCAUAGAGUGUAUCAUUGAAUCGUAUCGCGCGAAGAAUGACAUGACCAAUGCGGUAGCAGGAGGGUUCGUAACUGGAGCUAUAUUAGCGCGUAAUUCUGGUCCAAGAGGCGCCCUUGCAGGUGCUGUGGGCUUCAUGGCUUUCUCUGCUGCGAUUGAGACAUUUUUACGACGAGAGACCUCAGACGACGAUUAA